AUGGCUGAAAGCCAAGACCUGCAGAAUGCAGAUGAAAAAGGAAGAGACAAAGUAGAAAGCUUUAAGGUCGGGGACCAGGUUUUAUUAAACUCUAAAAGCCUUCCUACAUAUGCAGCCUCUACUAUCUUUAGGACGAAGCUUCGUCCAUUGUUUAUCGGACUGUCUAAGGUUGUGGCUAAGCAGGGCCUAGCGUAUACGCUGAACGUUCCAAAACGGAUGCGCACCCAUUCGGUGUUUUACAUGGGCUUGCUCAAGCCGUAUCGGGAUCCGGCGCAAGUGAACGCGGAAGCAUUGGCGCCGGAGCGGAUCCCUCGGGCCCUCGGCCACCCAGAAGCUGACCCAGCAAUUGGCUUUGAGCACGGAGUGCAACAACCUCCAUUUCCAAUGGUGCCAAGCGCUCCACCGUCGCAUGCAGCGACCCAUUUGCCUGCUUUACGGCUAGGAGUCGCUCCGACAGAGUGCGGUUGUCCUCAAGGUGAUGCAGCCGGCGCACGACGUGCUUCAAAUCAUCAAGAGCGUCCGCACAGCGAUAUGCUACUUCAGCAUGACGCUCAGCGGAGAUCCGAUCACGAAGAACUUCGUCCUCAAGGGCUCGAAGAGCAUCACGAGUCACCGCCUGCCACCGACUCUUUUCGAUGA